AAACAUUAAAUUGUUGCAGCUUUCUUGGGGAGACUUUUAAUCUGUUAGUCGCUCGGAAUUUCCGCAGCGUUCUCAGAGGCUUUUACUUUGUUAGUUGCUCAGAAUUUCCGGCAACAUGGAGGCGGUGGUGGCAGACGUCGUAGCUCCAGAGGAUUUACAGAGGUUCGAGAAAAAAUACAACUUGGAAGUGUCGAAGGGGACAGUGUCGAAAGACACAAAAUUCGAGUAUGCAUGGUGUUUAACUAGAAGUAAAUAUUCGAACGACAUAAAGAAAGGGAUUGUGCUGUUGGAGGAGCUGGUACAGAAGAGUGCAAAGGAUGACCAGAGGGACUAUCUGUUUUAUCUGGCUAUUGCAAACUACAAACUUAAGGAAUAUGAGAGAGCUCUAAAGUAUGUUCGCAUUCUGCUUAAGAAUGAACCUGGAAAUAAGCAGGCCCUUGAGAUGGAAAAGCUCAUCAAUGAGGCAUUAAAGAAAGAUGGCCUGGUUGGCAUGGCUAUUGUUGGAGGCAUCGGCUUGGGCGUGGCAGGAUUAGCAGGGCUGAUUGGGUUGGCUGUGGCCAAAUCCGGAAAAUCCUAACAAUAAAAUGAGGUUUUGUGGCUUCAAAAGAACAAGAUUGGCUAAUUAAACAAGCAGAUUGACUUGUCUUUUCUUUGUUAUUUUCUUGUCUGUUUUUUUUUCUUCUUUUUUUUUACUUGCACAAAUGAUUCGCAGCCUCACUAACAAGACAGCCUCAUAUUUUAGCUUUUUUUGUGCUUAUGUAUUAAACUCUAGGUGAAAUAUCUACACGAAGAAUAUUUUCUUUCACACGUAUUUAAACACAAUGGCAAAUGAUUAGCAGGUUCUAAUUAUAUCUAAAGUUAUUGCACUGUAACACCUUAAGUUCAUAUUUUUACGUAAUAAAUAAAUAAUACAAAAAUAUAAUACAGAACUUUCCAUGCAGCUGUCUCUUUGUUUUUAUAUCAGCAUGCCAAAGCUGUCUUAAUAGUGCAUGAUAUGACCAAAGUCCGACUGACUGUUCACCUAAUCACAAGGACCGCUGGGGCUUUCCAAGUAUCUUUAUUAUAUAUGUGAUUCUGCUCUCACGUGUGUGUGUGUGUACUGUAACAUUUUUGUGUGUAUAAUCUUGAGUAUAUAUGUACAUGCUAAUCAAUACUGCCCAGUUUCACUGAAGCAACUAGAAAGAAAACUAAUGUUAUCAGGGUCCAGAAGGAGUGGACAAGUUGAAUGAUAAUAGCCAUCUUAACACGAUGGUAACUUGUGGUUCUACAACCAUAAUGUGCCGUUAACCUUUUUCAUCUAGAUAUGUUUUUAAAGCAGUGUGUGAGCUGCAGUGUGUGGUCACACUUUGCCAUUCAAUGUCUAGCCCUAACACCAAGCAGAACUGAAGCUGCUCAUUCUGACAAAACAAUAAAUUGGUCUAAACUGCUUAUUGAGUUUGCACCCAGAACCUUGUCUCAUAGUCCUGUGAACAGUGCUGUGGGCUGUUCUCACAUUGUUGAUCACCCCACCUUUCUAUCACUUGGAUCUAAGCUCGUUUUGCUACGUCACUGCUUUUUAUAACUGGACAGAUUAUGGCUGCCAUCAAUAAUGUUCUUUAUGUUCUGCAUUGUUGUUAAACAUUAACUGAAGUAAAAGUGAAUGAUGACUA